ACUCAGUGUCUUCAGCUGUAGUUGGUCUUGGUAUUGUGGCUUCCUGGUUUUCAGCAAUUAAUCUCAAAAAGGACAGUGCUCUUUCAUACCUUACCAUUUAUGGUUACAGAAAGCUUCAGAAUAGGGGAGCUAAGUUAGGAGUUCAGCCACAGCAAAGCAAACCAAGAGAAAUACAGGAAAGGAAAAAAAAAAACAACAAAAAUCCCUUCGGCACUAAGUUCCACUACUAUCCCAAGCGUGUAAUGCAACAGAAGUUUUUUCCAUCGGAGAAAGCAGCUUUUCAUCCAAAACAGAAGAGAUCGUUCAGAUUUCACAACUCGCAGUUAUGUUGGCAAAAAAGCUGGUGACUGCACAGAAGCGAGGGGAGACAAGAGCCCUGUGCCUGGGCCUGGGCAUGGUCGCCUGCUCCAUGAUGAUGUACUUCUUUAUUGGGAUCACCAUUGUGCCUUUCUACACUAAGAGUGUUUGGACAACAGAAACUGUGUGCAAGGUACUCAAAGUCAACAUCAAGGACAAAGUUCUCUGCCCAAACAGCGAAGGCUCGGAGGAUGAGGAUAUCUUCCCUUAUCCCUGUCUGCAGGUGUGGGUUAACCUGACAGCCUCAGGACAAGACGUUAUGCUGUACCAGACAGAAGAUACACUGGAAAGAAAUCCUAAGUGCUCAUAUGUCCCAGGCAAGUCGGAGAACUCUAAAGAAGUUAAAGCACGAAUAGAAACAAUUGCAAGCAAUUUCAAAAAAUACCAGACUUUCCCGUGCUACUACGACCCAGGAGGAACACAGACCAACGUCAUUUUAAGCAGACUUUAUCCCCCAAAAGGCCUCCUCUUUGCUUUCCUUUGGCCUACGCUCAUGUUUACUGGUGGAUGUCUGAUUAUUGUUCUGGUAAAAAUUAGUCAGUAUGUUUCUGUUCUUUCUGCUUGGCAGUAUAAAAUAAAUAUCUAGCACAGAGGGUUGCAAGAUA